CACUAAAACGGAAUCAAACUUCCCUUCGCUACAGUUCCACUCAGUUCGCCCAGGCAGGGCUGCUCGCUCCUUUGGUCUCUCGCUCCCUCCUUCUUUCCCUCCUUCCCUCCGCCGUUCCCCUCGAAAUUUCUUCGCAUGCUGGUCGCUUGAAACCUGCCGACGAUGACGGACUCGAGCUCGGCUCCGGACGCCACCGGCACCCCGGACCCAGCCGUGGUGGACCCGGCUGCUCAGAACGGACAGCCGGACAGGGGGAGUGCCCCAGAGAGUUUCAGCGUGGAUCAGGAGAUGAAGAUAAGCGAUGUGGAGGAUAAAGACCUCCUGGAGAGCAGCCUGCGUCUGAAGCCCCACGAGGCACAGAGUUACCGUAAGAAGGCCCUGUGGGUGUCAUGGGUGUCCAUCGUGGUGACGCUGAUCCUGGCCGUAGCCGCGUUCACUGUUUCGGCGAUGAGAAGCAGUGCCUCAGCGUUUGGCUUUGCUUUUGAUGCCACCCUAGACGUGCUGUCCUCCAUCAUCGUGCUGUGGCGCUACAGCAAUGCAGCAGCUGUGCACUCAGCACACAGAGAGUACAUUGCAUGUGUUAUUCUGGGGGUGGUGUUCAUCCUGUCUGCUCUAACCAUUCUGGUCAAAGCCAUCCAUGCCCUCGCCACCAAAGUACUGCCUGAAGUGGAUGAUUUCCUCUACAGUGUGUCGGUGAUCAGUGGUGUGGUGUGUGUGAUUCUGGCCGUGCUGAAGUGCAUGCUGGGGAGAGUCCUGACCAGCAGAGCCCUCAUCACAGACGGUUUUAACUCGCUGGUGGGUGGAGUAAUGGGUUUCUCUAUCCUCGUCAGUGCUGAGGUGUUCAAGCAUAACCCUAAAGUCUGGUACUUGGACGGUGCCAUCGGCGUCUUGAUCGGACUCAUCAUCCUCGCCUACGGCAUCAAGCUGCUGAUGGACAUGGUGCCCCGCAUUAGACAGACCAGACACUACGAGCGCUUCGAGUAGGACACAGUCGGAACAGAGGGAUGCAUAGAAUGGACCCUGUCCACCCACAUGCACUGUUGUAGAGGCUCUCCCCCGAAGAAGGAAAACACCCACACAAGCACACACACACACACACACACGCACAC